CGGCAUAAAACACAUUCCCAUUUUCUUGGCUUUUCCAUUCUCUCUCUUUCGCUUCCUCUUUCUCUCUGUUUUCCCUUCCCGGAAUUUUGGACUCCUUGCCAAAAUAAAUAAAUAAUAAUAAAUGCCGAGUAUCACUUUCUUCCACCGUUUUUCUAGAGCUUUCCGUGACAACCACUCGCAUCUCAACCUUGUCCUGCUCUGCACUGCCGUAAGUGGUGGUGGUCUUUUGGCUUAUGGUGAGAAUGUUGCACUUGCACCUGAAGAGGCAGUUACCGAUAAGAAAAAGGUGGUGGUGCUAGGAACUGGUUGGGCGGCUACUAGUUUCUUGAAGGAUCUGAAGAAUCCAAAAUAUGAAGUUCAAGUGGUUUCGCCUCGUAACUAUUUUGCGUUCACUCCUUUGCUGCCUAGCGUUACGUGCGGCACCGUCGAAGCACGCAGCAUUGUUGAGCCAGUUCGCAAUAUUUUUAACAAGAAAAAGGUGGACGUACAAUUCAGUGAAGCAGAAUGUUUCAGGAUUGAUGCAGAAAAUCGGAAAGUUUACUGUCGAUCUAGUGUGAACAAUAAUUUGAAUGGGAAAGAAGAAUUUGUCGUGGAUUAUGACUACCUAAUAAUCGCUGUGGGCGCUAAUGUCAACACAUUUAAUACUCCAGGAGUGGUGGAGAAUUGCCAUUUUUUGAAGGAAGUUGAAGAUGCUCAAAAGAUUAGAAGAACAGUUAUUGAUUGCUUCGAGAGAGCAAAUUUGCCGGAUGUAAGUGAAGAUGAGAAGAAAAGAAUUCUUCACUUUGCUAUUGUUGGAGGUGGACCUACUGGAGUGGAGUUUGCAGCCUCACUUCAUGAUUUUAUCAACGAGGAUUUGGUCCGUUUAUAUCCUGGGAUAAAAGAUUUAGUUAAAAUUACACUUCUGGAGGCUGGAGAUCAUAUCUUGGGCAUGUUUGAUAAGAGAAUCACUGCUUUUGCUGAACAAAAGUUUCGUAGAGAUGGGAUUGAUGUGAAAACAGGAUCCAUGGUUGUUAAGGUAUCUGAGAAAGAAAUUUCAACUAAAGAACUGAAAAAUGGAGGAGAGGUUAAGACAAUUCCGUAUGGAAUGGCUGUCUGGUCAACUGGUAUUGGCACUCGUCCAUUUAUUAAAGAUUUUAUGACACAAAUUGGUCAGGCUAGCAGGCGUGCUCUAGCUACAGACGAAUGGUUGAGAGUUGCAGGGUGCAACAAUGUGUAUGCGCUUGGUGAUUGUGCUACGAUAAACCAGCGAAAAGUCAUGGAAGAUAUUGCGGUGAUCUUUAAGAAAGCUGACAAAGACAAUUCUGGAACACUUACGGUCAAAGAAUUUCAAGAGGUCAUGAAAGAUAUCUGUGAAAGAUACCCUCAGGUUGAGCUAUAUCUGAAGAAUAAACAGAUGCGAGACAUUGCUGAUUUAUUGAAGGAAGCCAAGGGAGAUGAUAAAAAAGAAUCAACUGAACUGGAUAUCGAAGAACUGAAAACAGCACUUUCCAAAGUGGAUUCUCAAAUGAAAUUUCUUCCUGCUACAGCCCAGGUUGCAUCUCAACAAGGCACUUACCUGGCCAAGUGUUUUAACCGGAUGGAAGAGUGUGAAAAAAAUCCCGAGGGUCCUCUCAGGUUCAGGGAAGAUGGUCGCCAUCGGUUCAAACCCUUUAGGUACAAGCAUUUAGGUCAGUUCGCUCCUUUGGGAGGAGAGCAGACAGCAGCCCAGCUUCCUGGAGAUUGGGUUUCAAUUGGCCAUAGCAGUCAAUGGCUGUGGUAUUCUGUCUAUGCAAGCAAGCAAGUAAGCUGGCGUACAAGAGCGUUAGUAGUUUCAGACUGGACAAGACGUUUUAUUUUUGGAAGGGACUCAAGUAGCAUUUGAGGGAACUUAACAUCUUCCAGAGUCUUGCAUUGGCGAUGUAGCGGAGCUCGUUGAUCAUGAAUUUCAUAUAGGAAAAUUUUGUUUCAUUUUAAUUCCUUUAAUUCUUUGAAUAAGGAAGCAGACUCCCAGCUAGACUCAAAACAGCUGAGACAUGCUCACCAUUUUCGAACUCCCACUUUUUGUAUUAGAGUCGUGGCAUUAGUUGAAUUUUGUUUUGAAGUGCUAGGUGUUGUUCUCCUCAUACCCCAUCAUUCUUGUUUUUGAUUAAUAUUUCUUUUCCUUUUUGCAUUUUUCCAAUUUGCUCAUGGAAUUGACUACAACUUAGUUGAAUUUUUUGUAAUUGGAAAAUAUUAUAU